GGUACUUCUCUUCAUCUUUUCCUGCCUUCGGAAAGCAGCUUGGGAUUAUGGGCGCCUCGCUUUGCUGAUGGAUAAUGACAGCCGUUUGCCUCCAAGCACAUGGAACUCCUACGAGUAAAUGAUACAGUGGUGAUAAGGGAAUUGAAGGCUUGGGGAAUUGAGAAUUCUUGUGAAAGAAAAAGAAUCGCCACUGCUUUGAAAGGAGCAUUUGACAGUCUAUCAAUUCUACCCAGGAUCAAUUAGCUUUCCCCAAAUCAACUGUUUGUCAAGAUGGAAAAGGUUUCUCCAUCUGUGUUUCAAGGAGUUCUUGGCCUUGAAACUAAAAAGACCCAGGGUAAAACAAAAUAAAAUUAUAUCAGUGAUACUUUUUCUCUUCCAGAGAAGGCAGAAAAGAAGGUGGGUUGAGUGGUGGAGGCAGAUUGGAUUAAUUUUAUUAGAGAUGUCAAGUAGGGUGGAUCUGCUCCUAAUUGUCCCAAAGGUGAUUUUUCAAAAGGCAACUGGAUUUCGGGUUUUUUUUUCCUUGAAGAUGUUUCACUUCUCAUUCAAGAAGCUUCUUGGAUGAGUAAUGAAACGUCUUCAAGGGGGGGGGGAAUAAGAAAGUCUAGUUGCCUUUUGAAAAAUCACCUUUGGGACAACCAUGACCUGGAUGAUUGAGAAUCUCGAUAGACAUUCUGCUCUAUGUGAAUUGUUUUAAUUCACUUCCUUCCCAUUUUGCAGUGGCUUUUCUUCCUUCCACAGGAUGUUUGAAUGUCAUCUGGUAACAUGGGUAAACUUUAAAAUAUUCUCUUGGUUGUUAAUCUAUAAUAUAUUGUCUGUCUGAUAAUGAUGGGUUUCAUUUGAUUGUUUAAUGUUGGGUGAAUGGGAAGGUUAGAGUCAGCAUCUAAUACUUAAAAUACUGUUUCUUCACCAUUACCUUAAAGUAGAAUUUUCAAAUAUCCAUGCUUUUAAUCUAUUCUAGAGGAUCACAUUUUUGUAAUAUGUAGUGGGUGUCCUUUUCAUGAAUGCUUACAGUUUUGUAAUUACUCUUACUGAAAAUUCUGAUCUGGCCAUUCUUAAUGCUAUUAUGUAAGAUUGAUUAAUUCUUGGUUACUUUUCCACUGGUGAUUUGAUUUGGCUCUGGGCAUUGUUCCUUCUCCUAUUUAUGGUACAUCUUUUCCAGAUAUAAUUUUCAAGUAAGUGCCAAAGAUUGCAGAUAUCAAAAUGGAGUCUAGAACGAGGGCUUUAAAUUCUGGUCUUAGUCUAAUCAUGAAAUGCUACCUAUGAGCAAAGGGAUGUUUAGGUUAUGAGUACUUCCGUAGGUAUCUUGCAUUACCUCAGCCAUGCUGCUAUGCAGGGAGUAUCACUGCACAAUAGCAAUGCUUAACAAUAUUUGGUGCACUUAUUUUUUUCCCUAACUAAUGGACCAAAUGCCUAGUACAGCGGAGAGCAUGAGCUUCAAACUUGUCAAAUCAUGGUCUCCAUGUUGGGGUUUGAUAUACCUUGGUAGAUAUGAAUAUGGUCAAUCCUAAUUGGGGGGUGGGGACUAUGCUUCACCCACAGAAGUUCCCAAAUGUAACUCCCAGCAUCUUCAGUUUUUUUUAAAAGCAGAAAUUAAUUUUAGAUGGUAUUGUACUAGAUAAAAAGUACUUUCAAAGGACUAUUAGGAAUUACAAUUCAGCAAUAUCAUCCUGGCCAUUAUAUACACAAAGAUGCUAAAUUAGUAUAAGGCUGCGUCUGCUUCCUAAGAGCAGAAAAAUUAGAGCCAGGAGUGGGAUUUGGGGGUUCUCCAAACUGCACAGAACUUUAGCUAGUGGUUCUUCUGAACCCCUGCAAACCCCCAGCAGCCCACCCCUGGUUACAAAGCAAUAAAGAUAGAGAAACCAGAGCAUGUAUCAGAAUCCAGUAAAGGUAACCAGAGGCUUCUGAUUUCUCAGCUCCAAUAAGAUGCCAUAGAAUAUUAUCGAAGAUAGUUUAAAGAAUUCAUAUGACUGAAUUUUCUAGCAAUCAAUCAUGCACCUAAGAUUUUGUUCCCUCUGAAGUUCUCCAUCCCUCCCCACCUAAGAUUAGUAAAUUCUUACUUGAAGCAAAAAAGAUGUGGCUAAUUCAAGCGGUUCAGGCAAGAACAAGGAUAUAUGUGUACAAUCCCAAAGUCCUUAAUUCAUUAAAACGCUUUUGGCUGCAUAUGUUCUUCUGGCUUCCAUUUCCAUACUCUCUACAAUGGCACCUACACACUUCUUCCAAGACGGCUAAAGCUGUAACAUUUAUUGGAGAAGGGCAGACAUCUGUUUUCUUAAACUUUCUUGAGCAUCAGUAUCUUCUUGGAAUAUUGUCACUCUUCUUCUUUUAGGCUUGUUGGUGUCCUGAGGUUGUGGAACUGUAGAUAUUUAAAAGUGGCUUGGUUGGAAUAAUAUUCCUCUCUCCGUUCUUUUUCUUUUCCUCCUCUAUAUCUAAUUUACACUGUCUUCCUCUUAUCUUUCUCCAUAUUCCCCCUUUUCUUUUCCCUGUCAUUUACUUCCUAUAUAUGGGAAGCCUGACAUCCCUCUUCUACGGAGAACAAAGUGAAAAAGAGAAGUCCCCUUCUGAGAGCAGCCCCUUGGAUGCUGACAACAAAGAUGUGGGAUUCUGCUCCUGGCUUCUUUCAAUUUACCAGAUGAAAGAUGAAGAAAUUCAAAGCAAGUGUGGAAUUGAUGCCACAACCUACCUCUCUUUCCAGCGGCAUCUGUUGGUGCUGCUCUUGAUUGUCUGUGUGCUCUCUGUGGCUGUCAUCCUUCCAGUCAACUUCUCUGGUGAUCUCCUUGGAAAAAAUCCAGCUAAUUUUGGCCGAACCACAAUUGCAAAUGUUCCCAAAGAUGACCGUCUCUUGUGGCUGCAUAGUAUCUUUGCUCUCCUCUAUUUCAUCAUCACUGUUCUCUGCAUGACUCAUCAUUCCAUCCAAUUAGAAUAUAAGGAAAAUGAAAAGCUGGCCCGGACAUUGAUGGUUACCAAGAUUCCCAAAGAGAUCACAGAUACAUCUCUUGUUAUCAAACACUUCCAUGAGGCUUAUCCAAGUUGCACAGUGACUGGUGUCCAAUUUUGCUCUGAUGUUCGCAGAUUGAUGAAGCUGGAUUCAGAGAGGCGCAAGGCAAUGAAAGGGAGGCUUUACUUCACAACCAAGGCUCAAAAGGAAGGGAAGAUUAUGAUCAAAAUCCAUCCUUGUGCUCGAAUUUUCUGCUGCCGUAUUUGUGGUUUUGAAGAGGUGGAUGCUGAGCAGUACUAUGGGGAGCUAGAGGAGAAACUGACAGAUGAGUUUAAUGCUGAACGCAGCCGGAUUGCUCUCAAGCGCCUUGACAUGGCCUUCGUCACAUUCCAGGAUGAAAGAAUGACAGCCACUAUUUUGAAGGAUUACAGCCGCAUCCGCUGCCGCAAGCACCCACAACAGUCAUCUGUUACUACAGUGGUGAAAUCCCAUUGGUGGAGUGUCAGCUAUGCCCCUGCGCCCAAUGACAUCAUCUGGGAGAAUUUAUCCAUUGGUGGUGCUUUGUGGUGGGUGAAAUUUAUCCUGCUCAACAUCUGCCUUUUCAUCCUCCUCUUCUUCCUCACUACUCCAGCCAUCAUCGUGAACACCAUGGACAUGUUCAACGUUACACGGCCUGUGGAGAGCCUCAAGAAUCCUAUUGUGACUCAGUUCUUCCCCACUCUGCUGCUGUGGGCUUUUUCCGUGUUUCUGCCUUUCAUUGUGUACUACUCAUCUUUCUUUGAGUCACAUUGGACAAGGUCAAGUGAAAAUCAGAUCACAAUGCACAAGUGUUAUUUCUUUCUGGUAUUUAUGGUUAUCAUCUUGCCUUCACUUGGACUGACCAGUUUGGAUCUCUUCUUUCGCUGGCUAUUUGACACUAACUUUGUGGAUCAAGCAGGGAUAAAAUUUCAGUGUGUUUUUCUCCCUGAUAAUGGAGCUUUCUUUGUCAACUACGUUGUCACUUCCAGCCUGAUUGGGACAGCCAUGGAACUGUUGCGAAUCCCUGGGCUCAUUGUCUAUGCCACUCGGCUCUGCUUUGCCAAAUCUGAACCUGAGCGGCUCCACAUCAAGCGGAAUCAAGCCUAUGAGUUCCAGUUUGGACUGGAGUAUGCCUGGACUUGCUGCAUAUUUGCUGUGGUGAUGACAUAUAGUAUCACCUGCCCCAUUAUUGUCCCCUUUGGUUUGCUGUACAUGCUACUGAAGCACAUGGUUGACCGCUACAAUAUUUACUACGUCUACAUCCCGACCAGGCUGAACCACCGCAUCCAUUUGGCAGCAGUAAACCAGGUGGUGACAGCGCCCAUUCUCUGCAUGUUUUGGCUGCUCUUCUUCUCCAUUCUACGUCUAGGUUCUGUUCGUCCCAUUACCAUUUUCACCUGUGUGGUGCUUCUAUCCUGCAUUCCCUUUUCCUUCUUUGGUCUGUGCCUGAAGAAGUUUCAUCCAAGGAAACCUUCCAGCUAUCAGAUGUCAGAGCAAUCUGAUGGAGCUUUCAAUGAUACAGAAACAAGUAGCAUCUCUUCCACACCCAAUUCAAAUAUGUUUGUGGCCACUGUGCUUCAAGAGCCAGAAUUAAGUCUUACGCCAGCAGCUUCCCCAGCUCAUCAGUCUUAUGGCACAAUGGGCAGCCACCUGGACCAAGCAGAGAAUAUAGAGGAAGGUGGCCUGCCAAGUUUUGAAGCAGAACUGGAAAACACAGAAGGCAAAUAUAGAACCAGACCCUUGCUGGACACCCAAAGUCACUAUCAUUGAUUUUGUCCUGCCAAACCAAAGACAGAUGGACAGAAGUGUUGAAUCUUCAGAAUGCUGGAAAGAAGCAUCAUAACCCAAAAUCUUAAUUCUCCCGAGCUGCUAUAUCAGAUAGUUUGGGGAAAAGAUCUGAAUUUGGACCAGAACCAGUCAGGCAGAUGGAUGAUGGGCCUUAAGUCCUGACAUCUCUGGUCAUGCUGUUAGAAAGAUGGAUAUAAAACAUUGAGAUGUUGAGCACAUCUAUUGAGAUGUUCUGAAGAGAUAGUGUUCUUUCUAUCCUAUACACCAGCUGCUUGGCAGCAUGUUCUAUAUGUUACCUCUGUUCUGCUCCAGGUUGACAGACUGCCAUUGCUUGGCUCUUUCUGUAUCUUCUGGGUAAAUAAUCUGAAUUCUCAGUUGUUCCAUAUUCUCUUCCCCCCUCUCCCCAGUAUUUUGCUUUUUAAAAAGAAAUAUUUUGGCCAUAUGAAAAUAUUUCUCUAGCUUGAGCAAUUUUCUCACGGCAGCAAAAAGAAAGAAAGGACUAUUUUGAUUUGAUCAGCGCAAUGUCCAUAAUACCUGUGGUCCUUUCUAUAAACCAUUAGUGAAAGGGGUAAAGACAUAUGGAAUGUUGUGCAUCCUUGGAUAUACAUUCACAAUUACUGCAAGUCUCCAUAUAUUGCCAGCUGCAGAACCAACAGCCUAUAUUUCCUGAUAAUGCUUCUGCUGCAGUUACUGCUUUUGUCCAAAUCCAUUGCCUCUAAGAAAGACUUCCCGUGCUAAUUCGGUUGAAGUGACGAGCCUAACUUGUCUUUGUUUUUCUAGGCCUGCAUUUGGCUAGUUGCUGGCUUGGCAAGCAGAUGAAUGCUAUGUUCCAAUUUUGCAUUAUUUUGGAUCAGAUGAGGUGGAAACUUCCCCAUGCCUAGUUCGACAACAGAUUUCAAUAUGGGAGAAGAGAUAGAGCUAUGUAUAUAAAAAUCUGGCCCAGUUUCCUAUAAACCAGGGAUAGGAAAAGAUUAUCAGACAAUUUAAGGAAAGGUGAAAGGUUUAGCUUAUGUCAACCACAUACUUUUUCUUUAAUAGGGGAUUUAUUUGUACGAUUGAAGAAGAACCAAAUUUAAACACAACUGUUUCCUAAUCACAUCUAGGAUGACAUUAAGUUGAUAGUAGACACUGGAGUGAAAUAGCAGGCAGAGGUGAAAUCUCUGUCCUUUAAUUACACAUUGUCCUUUUUGCACCAGCAUGUUUGAGGUUGCCAGUCACCAGCUGGCAUGAUGUCACAUGCCUAAAUUUGGAAAGUCCCAAAGAAGACAACCAAAUAACACAUAUGCUUUUCAGAAUGGCUUUCUGUGUAGACAUGUGCAUGGGAAUGAUUCAGUUUUGUUUCAAAGCCACCGCUAUAAUACAACUCUUCUUCUAGUUAAACUGCAUCCAAACAUUAACCAGCUAGAUCGUGGUCAGGAAUUUGUGUACCUUUCCUCCAGCAGAAAUGUACUGUAAUCCCAGAACGUAUCAUCGAAGGUGAAGGACACUGGAAGCUGGAGACACACAGGUCCUUCAAACUGCAUUAGGCAACUGUUUCUCACAGCAUCUUCUAGUUCCUGGGUCUAAUGCAUUGCACACUUUCCUCUUGAACUUUGUUGUAAGACCUACAAUGGAGCAGUCUGCAAAUUUCUGAGAGAUGAGUAACGCUAUUAAAGAAUAAGUAAGAGGGAGAGUUCAUAGGUGAUUUGCAGAAAAUCACCACCCUCUUUUUUUACACAGGAUUCUUAUGCUUUGAAUAAUUAUCAAUCCUGUAAGUAAUAAGCAAGUGAAAUGUUCCUAACUUAAUGGAUGUUAUAAAUGGAGAAAACACACUGCAUAGUUCUAAACUGCUCUGCUGAACAGGUUUUCCCUGAUAAAUGUUUUCCUGUUCUACAAUAGUAAAUGAAACAAAAAGACAGAAAACAGAAAUUUGACUAAAUGUGGAUUUCUCUUUCAAGUUUAAUAGAAAGCAGUCCUCAGGUCAGGAUGACAUCUCCAGUUGGAAUAAGCAGACAAGUGCAUUUCUCUCCAAUGGAAGAGCCACCUGGACUUUUAUGUUCUUCAGCCAUUUCUGAGAUAGCAGAAUUCAAAAACUGAAGAAAUAUUAUCACCGAGAAAAAGAGACUGGUGAGCUCAGUAGAAGUUCAGAAAGAAAAAAAAAUCAGAACAAGGACAUAAUAUCUGCCACGUAAUGUUCCUACUGCCUCCACAUGUGUAAAACAUUAGCAGAAAAAUGUAAUGUGCUAACACUGGACUAAAAGGUGGCUGGUUAGUGUAGAGAACAGCAAUUAACCACAAACCAAAAUGUUCCUUUCUCCUGAGCUUCACCAAGGAUAUUCUUUGUCUCAGUAAAUAUCAGUGCAACGGAGCAGAAUUUCCAGGAUCAUUUAACAUUACCGUGUUUGGAAGGAUUUCAUAACUCAUGGCUUUCUUUACCUUUAAGGAAACAGGAAUUAUACAGUAACAAAUAGAAGACAUAGUUUUUGGAUCAUGGAUCUCCACUAUGUCUAGUUGCUCUACUGAGGCUGGAUCAAUUCAAGCAUUCAUAAGAAUGCCUGAUUUGCAUAAACCAAGGCUGGUUUAGGGCAGGGAGGGAAAAAAGCAUCCUAAACAUAAACCUUAUAAAUUAAACUUUCACCUAAAAAUAUUCUUAAACAAGAAUAUUCUUGAAAGCACAGAGAAUUGCUGUUGAGAAUCAUCAAUGAUUGAUUCCAUUAUGGUACGAUCCUACACUUCAGAAUUGCCUGUAACUUUUGACACUUCAGAGGCUACUGGUCCAUGAUGGUUAUAAUUUUUCCAAAUUGGUCAUGCUGUCUAGACCAGGGGUCGGCAACCUUAAACACUCAAAGAGCCACAAAGGUCCUAACUGGAAGCCCCCGUUCAAUUCUGGAGCCAACUGGAAGUCCGGUUCCCCCAGCAUAGCCGCCUCCUAGCGUGGCGUCUUUUUUCCUCUGCUGACUAGAAGUCUGGUUCCACCACCAUAAAGCCUCCUCCUAGCGCGGCAUCCUUUUUCCUCUACCUGUCCUAACCAAAAGCCCUAUCAAUUGUGGAGCCGACCAGUAACGGAGCCGCAGCAGAGGGAUGAAAGAGCCACAUGCGGCUCCAGAGCCGCGGGUUGCUGAUCCCUGGUUUAGACUCAUUAGGAAAUGGAAUUCAGCACCAUCCAAAGGCACACAUUAGUUGUCCCUACUCUACACAUUUAACUUGAGAUAAACCUCAUUUUAAAAAAACACCAUUGGGUGUUAUAUUAAAUUGUAUGAUAAGUGUAUUUUCACUUAUAGUUAUGCUACAUUUAGAGUGGGGGGAAAUUGUACCUGAGGAGAACCGAGGAUUUAAAGAAGGAAGAUUUUUCCCUUUCGGCCCUUUUUCCCAUUUAAAUAUGGUAGGCAUAAUACCAUAAUUACUGUUAGCCUGAGAGGAAGAAGACUGCUUCUCAUAAACUAAGAAAUCUUAUUUGCAAGGAAUUGGCAGACUUACUGUAGAUCUUCUAUCGUAAGGACGUGUUACUUAAAUUUUACCUACAUAUGCCCUACAUAACUUGGGCGCAAGUAUAUUAAAAUCAGCCUUCCUUGACUUGGCAUUGUAACACACUAGCUGGGAGUUCAGCCCAUUUGUAUUUGGAAUAUAAUUCAGUGGGGGAAAGCUACAAUAAAAAAAUACAGAUGUGUG